AAUGUUUGUGAGCUAGCGGCAGCGCGAGAGUUUAGACAGUAUGGGUAAGUUAGCAGUGCUCUCGCUGUCUGUUGCAGCUCUUGCGGUUUUGAUCGGAGAAAGAGUCAUUACAUUAAGGCAUGUAUCACUUUCCUACAGAGAACUCACCCAGAACUACCUUCCUAAUUGUCACCAUAUAGAGGGCAUAGAAUAUGGUGCUGAAGAUAUAACCAUACUUGAAAAUGGACUGGCCUUUCUGAGCACUGGCUUGAAAUAUCCAGGCGUACCAUCCUAUUCCGAUGACCCUGGAAAGAUCUACACCCUGAAUCUGAUGGAUUCUAAAAUGAAAAUUAAAGCAAUGAACGUCAAGGGAGACUUUGACAAAGACUCUUUUAAUCCACAUGGAAUCAGCCUGUACACGGAUGACAAAGAUGGUGCCGUAUACCUAUUUGUUGUUAAUCAUCCUCAAGGCAACAGUCAAGUGGAGAUUUUUCGAUUUGUUGAGGAUGAAAAUGCUCUUCAGUACAUCAAGACCAUCAAGCAUGAACUCCUGCACAAUGUGAAUGAUAUAGUCGCUGUGGGGACCGAAAGCUUUUAUGCCACCAAUGAUCAUUACUUCACGAAUGGGAUUCUCAAGUUUGUGGAGCCAUUUCUGUCUUUGCCCUGGUGUGACGUCGUCUACUACAGCCCUCAGACCGUGCAGGUUGUGGCAGGGGGCUUCUUGAUUGCCAACGGCAUAAAUAUCUCCCCUGACAAAAGGCAUUUGUACGUGUCAGAUAUUCUGAAGCACAAAAUUGUUGUCUUGGAAAUACAGAAAAACACUGUAUUGUCUCAUGUAAAGGAGGUUGAUGUGGGGUCACUCUGUGACAACAUUGAGGUGGACCGUGAAUCUGGAGAUCUAUGGCUGGGCUGCCACCCAAACGGUCUUAAAUGUGUAUUUCAUGAUCCAAAUGAUCCACCUGGUUCUGAGGUUAUCAGGAUUGAGAACAUCCUAUCUGAAAAGCCCAGGGUGACUCGGGUAUAUUCAGAUGACGGCAGUGUGAUCAUUGCUUCUUCGGUGGCAACUCAAUAUGGAGGAAAGCUGCUCAUUGGAACCGUUUAUCAGAAAGCUCUGAUCUGUGACCUUAAAUUGUGAAUGUACUCACUACUGUACGGGGAAGAAUAAAUAUUGGCUUAAGUGUUUGAAAGAAUUUGUCUGAAUAGAGUCAUUUUAAAGGCAACACAAAACAAAGUCAUGGCCUUUUGUAGGGUAAAGUUUGAAAAAUCAAUCCAUACUAUAUAAGUUUGGCUUAACACAGGCUGAUUGGUUUGCAAACACUAUCUACUAGAUAUGUGAGCUUGAAGUAUAACUUGACUUCGCAUAUGUUCUCAGUAGCUUUCUGACACUUGAUUUUUAUUUCUUGAG